AGUGGCAGAAUCCCCGAGAGCGAGUGCACACGGCGGACACGAGAGCACCGCGACCGACCGACCAACCGACGGCUCUCCGCACGGACAUAACGGUUUCUUUUUGGCUCCUCUCCGCGCGCGCCACGAGAACUAACCCGGCCUGAUUUUUUAAGGUUUUAACAGAUUCUUCUACUCACGAGGAGGAGGGAAACGUGGGAUUUGAGAUUUUAAGUUUUUUUUUUCUUUUUUUUUUUACGUUUUUGUUCUCCUUUUACCCCGAAAGAGGAUUCUGUGCUGUGCGUUUCAGCGGUGGUUUGUGUUUCGCUCUCGCCGCAAACAUGAUGGUCGGAGAGGUGGAAGUGAAGGAGCGACCGAGGCCGAGUCCCGACUAUUUGAUGCAGUUGUUAAAUGAGAAGAAGCUCAUGACCAGCCUGCCAAAUCUCUGCGGCAUCUUCACACACCUGGAGCGGCUCCUGGAUGAAGAGAUCAACAGAGUGCGCAAGGACAUGUACAGCGACUCGGUGAACGGCCUGGUGGAGAGACACCCGCUGGAGCUGCCCGAGCCCGCCGGACCCAUCGUCCACCUGCAAGAGAAGCUGUUUGUGCCUGUCAAAGAGUACCCCGAUUAUAACUUUGUGGGGAGAAUCCUGGGCCCUCGGGGACUCACAGCCAAACAGUUGGAGGCGGAGACGGGAUGCAAGAUCAUGGUGCGAGGCAAGAGCUCCAUGAGAGACAAAAAGAAGGAGGAGCAGAACAGAGGCAAGCCCAACUGGGAGCACCUAAACGAGGACCUCCAUGUUCUCAUCAGUGUGGAGGACACCCAGACCAGAGCCGAGAUCAAGAUGAGGAGAGCCGUGGAGGAGGUCAAGAAGCUGCUGGUGCCCGCCGCUGAGGGAGAGGACAACCUGAAGAAGAUGCAGCUGAUGGAACUGGCGAUCUUAAACGGGACGUAUAGAGACAACAACAUCAAAACACCCACCCUUGCGUUCUCUCUUGCAGCGGCGGCCGCGGCCGCUCAGGGCCCUCGGCUCAUAGCGGCCCCUACAGGUCAAGUGUUGCCUCCCCCGUCUCUGCGGCCCCCCACGCCCGCCGGGGCUCCCAUCAUGAAUCUCAUCCGGCCCCAAGUGGCCGCCAUGCUGCCCAACGGCGCGCCCACGCUGGUGCCCCCCACACCGGACGGCGGGCUCAUCUACACCAGCCCCUACGAGUACCCGUACGCCCUGGCACCCACCUCCCUGCUGGAGUACCCCAUCGAGCACACGGGGGUUCUAGGUAAGAGAGCCUGGGGGAGCGUGGGCGCCGCAGGUACUGCCAGCUUUAGCCAGCAGGCUCAGGAGGCCGGUCUCUUCUACCCGGCCGGGGUGCUGGACGCUGCCUCGCUCAGCCACAGUCAGGACUUACUCAAAGGUGCAAUGGCCACUAAAGUGCGGCGACAUGACACACGGGUCCAUCCUUACCAAAGGAUUGUGACUACAGACAGAGCCGCCACCGGCAACUAACACAUGACCUUCUGACCUCUGAACUCUUCACCCAAUGACGAGCCGCCCCAGCCUGCCUGCUGAUCAGUUAACUGGUAAUUGCCUUUUUGCUAACGCCUCUCGGAAACCGCAAGUGACAGAGAGAGAGGCACCUAACCCGUUUAGAGCCACGACCUUCGACCUCCUCCACCGCCAACACAACCGUCCCGGCAGUUGUGUCCUCCAUCGUUUUUCCCUCUGUUUGUUGAGUUCAAUUCCCAUUCUUUCUCUUUCUUUUUCUUCAUGAAUCAUAACUGGGUGGAUAUUUUAGUUUGUCUUUUUUUUUUUUUGCUCGCGAAUCUGCACUGAAUUAUAUAGCAAUAAUACGCCCACUCCCCCUUUCCACUUUUUUAUAUCUGAAUUCGGACGCCAUUUUUGGGUUCUCCACCUCCAAAAAAAAAGUAGUUGUCCCACCCCCCGCCACCCCGACCCGACCCCCCACCACCCCCCCACCCAAUAUCGCAGAGAAAAAGAAACAGAAGGAACGAGAACACUCACAUUUAUUAAUUUCUGUCAUAAUUCACAAAGAUGUAAUGUUGAGCUGACACAUUCUGGGUGUGCCUCUCCAAACGGCUUUCUGUUUGAACAAAAAUGAGCAUGGCUGUACUGAUUGCAAAUGGAGCUUUUUAUGAUUUUCGUGUGUUGUAUUUUAUUUCUCCUGUCAUUUUUUCUCUUCGGUUGUUUUCUGUUAUCCAUAUUUGACUAAUUAGCUUGUGCUUUCAUUGUGACUGGCCAACACCAGGGGGUUUUCUCAGCAAUCUAAAGCAGGCUAAUGUUACGCUACGAGCAGCGGGAGGGGCUAGGCUAAGCUAGGGUGCAAGGGUCCCUCUUCUUCUACAUUGAAAGUCGAGUGUGCUGCGGUCUGGGGAGUCGCUACUGCCCCCACCCGCACUACACCCACAUUACAGUGCCUGAUGUAUUUACAAUAUAUCUCUAUGAGUUAGCUAAGCCGAGCUGUGAACAAAAAGACAAAAAAAAAACAACAAAGUAUUAUGUGUGCGUAUUUAGCCAAAGGGUUUUCCUGAGUAUAUAUCUGAUAUGCAGCGGUGGUGAGUUGGAGUGAGUUUGUGGUGCCUGCCUUCCGCCGCCUAAACAGACGACACUUUGUGAUGGAGAUGCAUUAAACUGUGUGCCCAGUGAGGCAGGCAGAGAACACUAAAGAACACUCACUACACCGGUCACUCUACUCUGUCCUAGAUUAGAGUCCACGUCCCAAACUUUGGCCAAUUUCCCCUUUUGUUUUGACCCUCGUGUUGUUCCUUGAUUUGACCCCUUUUUAGUGACGAUGAUUUGAGAGUCCUUCUAAAAGUGCGCAUCCACAAUGUGUCACCCCUGAGACCAGAGCUCCUGAGCCCACUUUGUGUUGAACUCUCUCAAGAAAAACUAGGAUGUGAAAGCCAUGCCUGCCUGUUCAAAAUUGCUUUAUACAUACGUAUUAUAUAUAUUAUAAAUAUCUAUAAAUAUAUACAAAUGUAGAUAACUGUCACUGCAUAUACGAAUACAGAAGAGAUCAAAAGAGUUAAUUUUACAGGGUGCUGGAGAAAAGAAAUCAAUCUAUUUUUGCCAAUUUUAGCUUUUGAUACUUAACUUGAAGUUACAAAAAGAUAAAAAACCCAAUAAAAAAUGAAAGCAGUUUAGGAGUAAAUGAACGGUAAAAAAGUGGGUGGAGUUAGUGCUGUUACUUUGAAUAUGAUUGGAUGGUAAGACCAAAAGUCUGGAACGUGAUUGGACGAGACAGUUGCUCAGAGAGCUCCAUGAGGAUAAACAAAGUGCCUUAUCUCCAGUGGUUUUGUUUCCUGACUAUUCCAGUUGUGUUCAGUGACCCCCGCUCCCUCCGCCAUGAGAGGCUAGAGUGUGUGCGGGGUACUCCCUCUGGGGUACUCCCAGCACACCCGGGGUGUUACCGCAGUUACUCUAUGCAAACGAAUAGCAGUCUUUAUGACCAGCUAAAUAUGUGCCAUGGUUUUGUCUUCCUAAACUGAGUUAGUUUUUCCUCGACGGCCCUUUACUCUGCUGUGUGGGCAGGAUUUUAUUUGUUACUUUUAUUUGAACAAUCAUGAAAUAUUGUCCUGAUUCGUUGGUGACUGUGACUGACUUCCAAGAACAAAUGGAACUGCCAAUAACCCAAAUCUGCCAAAAGGUGUUGAGACGAGCAGAGAGAUGGAGAGAUUGAGCGCUCGGUUUCAAUAUCUGAAAAGCCCCGCCUCUUGUGUGCGCGCCCGCCCCUGCUCCGAACUCCGCCGCCCCACAGGGAGGCGCCGGCUGCCCAAAACAAACGCUCCGGGCCCCGCUUCACACACGGCUGCUUUCCAGUUAUUGAAACACGGCCCCUGAUAUUGGACAGAGAAAUUGGUAGCUCCGGAUGUUGUCGCCUUGGCAGUCUGUUUUCUCUCAUUGCUCUUUCAUCACGCUGUUACACCCAAAAGGUCAAUGACUUUGUUUCUUCAGUGUUAUCUUAAAAUUGAAAUGCAAUAUUAAGCGAGAGACGGCCGUACGCGUCUCCCAGUAUUAGAGCGAUUCCCUGUGCUGUGUCUGGAUAGGUCCAUCAGGGGACAGGUGAUCUCUAUCGUCUCACUGGCCUGCCUACUACAUGUAUGAUAAUGUAAUUAACAGCCAUUGUUACAGGUUUAUAAUGUAUUUUUCUAAUCUCAUUUUAUAUGUGUAUUAAUCAUGUUUCGGAGUGCUUUUUUUAAAUAAAUCCACUGCUCCUUUUUUCUGCCCUCUCUCUCCCCUCUCCUCCAUCUGAUCUGUCUCUUGGGGAGUGUUGCCUUUCCCUGUUAAAUUUCGUUUUUUUCUGGCCCAGCUUGUUUAACUCAUUAUAGCGACUUUAUUAGUUUCCUUGUCAUAAAUAUUUUUACAUGCUUGCAUUUAGUUUUCAUGGUGUAUGCUGUUAUUUUUUUUUUCUUAUUAACCUCUUGGCAUUUAUUUUAAUAAAACAUUCUUAGUAAGAAUUUUACUAA